AUGAAGGCUUUCCUUGUCCUCCUGCUGGGAGCAGUCCUGUGCUUGGACUCAGGUUCUUCUUUGCAGUGCUACAGCUGCAUGUCACAGCUCAGCAACUCCAACUGUCAGACGAAAGUGUCCUGCAAGGAAGGGGAAAUGUGCAAGACAGAUGUGAUCAGGGUUGUAAGGGCCUUCAACAUCAUCAGCAAGGGUUGUGACUCCUCAUGCAAAUCGCUCUAUCAGGACUUCAGCGUGGCCAACAGGAAUAUCUCCUGCUGCAGCAGCGACCUCUGUAAUGCCAACUCAGCGGGCAGUGUGAGGUACAGCUAUGGGAUGGCAGCAGGGAUAGCAGCCAGCGUCCUCUGGUCCUUCCUGAACAACAGACUGUGA